AGCGAGAGACGUGAAGCCGGCGAUUGUCAGAAUAAAUAAGCUGUUGAACUGGCUUCCGACAAAAUGAGCGUUCCAGGAGGCAAAAACGCGCAUGUGAGUCAGUCAUACUCGUAAUCAAGUAACAAGUAUAUAUAGCAUGUCAGCGAGCUUUAGUUGUUGUGUUAAAUCGUGUUGAAACUGGUUUGCCAACGUCAACGUGAUACCGUUUUUCUUUUUUUUUUUUUUUUUCUCCAAACAAGGAUUCCUUGAUCGAGUAUUUUUCAUGCUACUUACUCCUUUUCACACACACCGCUCUAACUAAAGUGAGGACUCACUGAGGAGAAGUGAGAAAUGGAUCGCUUAUCAUCAUGAGCCAAUCAAAUCACAGCUUCCUCCCGGCUCGGACAAAUUGUUUCACCGAGAGCAGAGUGAGGAGAAAAUGGAUGUGGUCUCCCUGCUGUUUUCAUUUUCACAAGGAGUGGAAAUGUCAACCAUUCAGAGCGAGGACGACGACAGCGAUGCACCUUGUUUUCACUGGUUAAAAGCAGACGGAUGACAUUCAGUCUAUUUUUUCUAGCAAUGCGAACAACCCGCCUAAACGUGUGUAUAACUUUCUUUGUGGAAAUUUCUUUCUUACUUCGUCAACAGACUAUAUAUUUUUGUGACUGUUAAGCUCCGGCAGAAGCCAUAAUGGCGCGCGACAGAGUUGCGUAUUGCUACUUGUUGAGAGACAGACUGUCAACGUAGACGAAAGGCGCGGGUCAUUCAAAAUUGCCAGCAUGGUGAAGGAGAACGAAACAAAUCACGUCCAGGCAAAUGCCACAUAUACAGCAUGGCUGUUACAGGCUAUAGCCAAAAUCAAACAGCAGAAACAGCGUCCCAACGAAGAGCGGAUAUGCAAUGCUAUACAGGCCAACCACAAAGUGACCCGAGACGCUAUUUUGGAGCAGCUUUCCCUUGCGGUAAAGGAUGGAAGCAUUUUAGCAGUGCAGAACAAAGGUAUUACUUCAUACAAAGAUCCCAGCUCCCUUUGCCAGUUACAGACGCGCAGUUUGGAAGUCACACCUCAAACUGAUCUCACCAAGGUGGUUAUUCGAUCUGUACGUGAACUUGGGGAAAAGGGUGGAUCAACUAUUCGUAGCAUUGAGAAGUACAUCAAGAGCAGCUACCGUAUCACCUUUUUGGAUGGUGCUAAUCUCAACCACUUGUUGAAGGUACAGAUUAAGAGAAUUGUGAAAAAUGGACAUUUGAAACAAGAAGGUGCCCAUCUGAAGCUGGGAACUUCAAGUACUUCUGACACAAGCAAUGGUGUUUCAGCCUCAAAAUCUGUUAAAGUUAACGAGGACAUAGACCUCAAUGACAUCAUACUGCCAUUUGAAAGACAUAGGAAAAUUGCACCUCCUGUACUGAUCUGCAGUUUCUGCUUGGGACCAACAGAGAAGAACCGCAAUGGCGAGCCUGAAGAUCUUAUUUCCUGUGCAGAUUGUGGCAGUAGUGGACAUCCAUCCUGCCUUAAAUUCUCUCCAGAACUUGCUGAAAAGGUGCAGAACCUUCGUUGGCAGUGCAUUGAAUGUAAAAAGUGUUCUUUUUGCGGGAAGUCAGGCAAAGAGGAUGACAUGUUGUUCUGUGAUGCAUGUGAUCGGGGCUUCCACAUGCCAUGUUGUGAUCCACCACUCAACAAAGCUCCUAAAGGGAGAUGGGUUUGUAAUAUCUGUGAUCCAAACAGAGGUACUAUGAAAGGGAAGCGCUUCUUAGAAAUGGCAGCAAAAUACACAGCACGGUAUAAAGCUCAGCUUCAUGCUACUUCAAGACAGAAGUUGAAAAAUGCAAGACAAUUCCAAGCAAACAAGCAGAAGAAGGCAUUACAAGCAAGAGUCGAAAAGCAUAAAGUAGGGAAGAAAAAGAGUGAAGACAGUGGCAUGAGAGAAAGGGAUAAGGAAGAAGAGGAGGAGGAGGAGGAAGAGGAGGAGGCACCCCCAACAUCAAGUGAGUCGGAUCAUGAGGAGGAAGCAAGCCAUUUUGACUCUCUUUUGAAAAUGAGCAAGUCAAGGGGCUUAGUAGAUGGUCUGUCUCGAUACUUCACUCCAUCUAACAAGCGAAAAUCGAGAGUUUCACUCAGUUCUGUUGAUAACUUCACUGCGGUUGUGAAAGCUCAAACAAAAUCCAAUCAGUCAGUUCCUUCUCAGAGUACAGCUAGUCGUUCGCAAAAGACUGCAAACAGACUGGUGAAACGUUCUAAACUUCAGCAGGCUCACAGAGGCCGCAAAAAAACUGAUGGACCACCAGGCAGUGGCCAGUUGAAGGGGCUCUUUGAUGGUCUUUCCCAUCUCUUUACUGCACAAGGAGAACGAAAAAGGACGUUUCCAAUGUACAACCAUGUUAGUCGGAAGCAAAGAGACCAGAACACAGUGCCUGAUGUUAGUUCUAGUUCCACUCUUAGUAGCAUUCCCAGUCAAGUGUGCUCACCAUCUUCAAGCAAAGUUUGGACUGGUGGCCACUUGUUUAGUGUGUUACCAAGGAUAGAAAGUGACUGUGAUGCUGAUGGGGAGGAUGAAGGAGAUGAUGAAGAUGAAAAGAGCUAUAAUGCUGUCAAAAUUCGCCCUCAUGAAAAUAAAGGCAGUGAAGGCAAAGACAGUCCAGAUGAUUCUGACAGUGAUGAGGAUGAAGCUGGUGACAUGACUUUAGCAGGGUCCAACGGGAAAGCAGCAGGGUCUCGAGGCGGCAUCCAGAACAGAUCACAAGACGAGGAUGAUCCUCUUCGGCCAGGUGGCAAGCUGCUACCUAAUGUAACAGAAGAUGACUAUGAAUUGUUCAGAUUAGUACAGGAAAAAGCCCAGCGGACAGUUGCAGAGGGAAGUGAGAAAGAAGCUCUGCCACUGCCUGAUUCUCAGGGUCGAUAUCCACCAUGCAUAGAGAUGGGGAAGUAUGAGAUCCAGACAUGGUAUUCCUCUCCUUAUCCUCAGGAAUAUGCAAGAUUACCAAAGCUUUACAUUUGUGAAUUCUGCCUAAAAUACAUGAAAAGCAGAGCAAUAUUAAAACGACAUAUGGAAAAAUGUAACAUGAAUCAUCCUCCAGCCAAUGAAAUCUACCGCAAAGGAAGUUUGUCAGUCUUUGAGGUUGAUGGAAAUGUCAGCAAACUUUACUGCCAGAAUUUGUGUCUGCUUGCCAAACUUUUUUUGGACCAUAAGACACUGUAUUAUGAUGUGGAGCCGUUUCUUUUCUAUGUGCUCACUACCAAUGAUACUUAUGGAUCUCACAUUGUUGGAUAUUUCUCAAAGGAGAAGCACUGCCAGCAGAAGUACAAUGUUUCUUGCAUCAUGACACUGCCUCAGCAUCAGCGGAAAGGCUAUGGUAGACUUCUCAUCGAUUUUAGUUAUCUUUUGUCACGAAUUGAGGGUGUAGCAGGAUCACCAGAAAAACCACUGUCAGAGUUGGGGCGCGUGAGUUAUCUGGCAUACUGGCGCAGUGUUAUCCUGGAGUAUCUAUAUGCUCAUGCAGACCAUCCAAUCACCAUCAAAGGAAUCAGCAGAGCAACAGGAAUGUGUGCUCAAGACAUUGUUGAUACUUUGCAUAACCUGAAACUUAUUGUUUGGCAUGAUGGCAGGCUGGGAUUAGUACAGAAGCACAAGAUUAUCUCGGAUUAUAUGGAAACACUACGAGCACGCCCUCAACUUCGCCUUACUCUUGAUCCAGAGUGCCUACGAUGGACACCACUUAUUUCACUUCAAACUCUUGAAGAAGAAGAAGAGAUGGCAGAGAAGGAGUUGAACGAAAUGAGUGAAGUUGUGAACAGCAUUGCUGCUGAAAGGGAAGCAAACAAGCAGACGGCAGUGGAGCUGGGCCAGACACCCAGUGUGGCAGAUGACUUCUCCCCGAGUCCAAACCAGAAGAACUACCGGAAGAUAGGACGCAAACGUCUUCUGAGUGUAGGAUUGAAUCCAGAGCCCGAGCCAAAGCGCUCACGUGCUGAAUUCAACAGUAUUGCUGUCCGAGGUAUGACUGUGGUGCAUCAGAAUUGUCCUUACAGUUUUGAUGAUGAGAUGGGACCAAAGAUGCUGUCUCACUCUCCUGUGAGGUCACCAACUCGUCCUUCACCUCGGCAUAUCCUGCAUGUCGAAACAAGACCUGCUGCUACUUCCCCAGGCAGACCACCGUCACUAUCACCACAACAGUCUCCAGCAGGAAGGCUACCCAAGGCAAUAGAUGAUGCUACUAUGAAAGUUACAAAACUUAUUAAAAAAGUACCAGGGCGUCCUGUGGGAAGACCACCAGGUGCAGGCAGUAGAUCUAUUAAGAGGUCUCUGAAAAAACUGCCACCAAAGUUGACUAAAAAGGGAAUAGUAGUGGGGAAAAAUGGACUCCCCAAACGCCCUCGUGGUCGCCCUCCUAAAAAUAUGGCUCUUGUGCUGGGAGAGUCUGCAAAAAUGAGCAAGAAAAUCCUAUUACAGUAUGCGGAGCAAGAGCAGAAAAUUAUCCGGAAACCAGGACCUGGGCGGAGACCCGGAAGGAAAGCAGGAGCUGGGAGAAAAGCCAGCUCAGGGAGAAAACCAGGCCCAGGCCGGCCUGUUCUUUCCAAGGCAGCAGCAGGACUUAGGUCUGGCUCUAACAUGGUUGCUUCAGGCAAGCGCAGAGGCAGGCCUCCAAAAAUUCAAAAGACCCACUGGAUGCAUCGUGGAAGCCAGCAUGUGACCAUGCAAGACAGAGAGCUAGAAGAAACUGUGAUAACCACCAAAACUACUGCCAAUCAUGUGGAUGAUAUCAAUCAUGAACUUAAAGAUAUUCAUGAUGUUAUUGAAGAUGCACAGGUGGUCAACCAGGAGGAAAAAGACUUGACCAUUAUGUUGGCAGAUAAACCUGACUGUGGAAAUAGUAACAAACCUGAUGCUGCCAUUGAAGUGAGUGAGGACGAGGCGAGAAUAGAGAAAACAAAAGAUAUUCCAGUAUGUGUAGAAACAAGGGAAUCUUCAGUUACAGAGGAUAUCAGCAAAAAUAGAAAUGUUGACAAUAAUUCUGAUGCAAAAACAAGCAAAGAUAGUGAUAGCAGCAGCAGUAGCAGUGAUGAAACUAGUUCUGAUGAUGAUGAUGAUGACGAUGACGACGAUGAUUCAUCUAGUGAAGAGGAUGAAGAGAAAACUGUGAAGAGGGUGUAUGACAGCAGUAAGCAGAUGGAAGUUCAGGAAGAACGGGCAGAAGAUCCAGAGACUGUGGAAGCCUCCCAAAAUCUAGCAGACAUUGUUGCUGACCUUGAAGAGGCAGAUCGAGUAGCUGGUACCAACCUUAGCGAUUCUUCCAAUCCCUCAAGCCCAUCCAGUUUGCCUGAACAAGAGCAUGAUACUUCUGUCAACCACGCACCGACCUCUGGCAGCCGUUCGUCCAUUGAACCACCAGAAACACACAGUAUUGACUCCUCUUUGUCCUCCUUGUCUUCCUCAUCAGGUGAUGAAAGGCAGACUGUACCUUCGCCUCAAGCACCAAACACUCCACCACCAGCACCUCGUCCUGCAACACCCCACAGUCCUUCAUCCCCUCAGGACAGUCUGCCACCAAAAGUAAUUGAUCAGCCAGACGAGGAGCAAGAAGACACUAUGGAUUCUCAAACAUUUGCUGAAAUGGAACUGUCUGAGGCAGGAGAUGCUAUCAAUAGUGUGCAGUCAGCUGAGGCAACCACACUUAGCAGUGAAGAAGAUUUUAGUAGACUUACUGGCUCUGCUGCAGUGCAAGAGACUCUCCAUGGUUCUGACAAUAUGGAGGAGGUGUUGGCACAAGAGCUGGAGAAAGAUCUGCGGGACAUUGAUUCUCACCUUGCUUCUCCAGCUCCUCCCUCUGUGCAGACACACACACCCCAUCAGCAAGCCAUGUCCACCCCAGAUCCAAUGACACCUUGUGAAACCAGGCCCAUGGGGAGUGUUGAACCACUGACUCCUCCCCAACCCCCAUCGCAAGGCCCACAAACCCAGACCCAAGUACCUUCUUCCGUAACAACUUCCACAUCUAGGGCCCACCGCAACCACAGCUGUGGCUCAGCCAGCAGCAGGCCAGGGAGUGUGUAUUCUCAACAGACCAGCAGCAUGACAGGCUUGAGUCAGGCAGGAAUGUCUAACAAUGGUUUUAAUAAUGUUGAUAUGGAUCACCAGCUAGGGCUCAGUUCACCCCCAUCCAUAAGCACUGCCGACAUGAGUGCCCUGUCAGCCCAAGCAUAUUCAGAUUGCGCUCAGCAAGCUCUCAGUUAUGUGCAAAAUUCACGUGGACGCUUUAUGGACACUGUGUGUUUGCCAAUGCAAGGGGGAGGAGUGGGGUACUUGCCGGUGGCGACAAGUGGUGUGAGCUAUCAUCAUAACUCCCCUGUCUCAUCUUACAGUCCAUCCAUGAUUUCACAGCAGCAGCAAGUCCAAGCACCUCCACCUCAGUCAUUGCAGCCAGCAGCACAACAAAACUCGCCCCGCCUGGUUCAUAACCACACACCUGUGCCAGUUGCAUGUGUAGGGCAGGUAGGUGUCUCAGCUGGAGGGUACCCCACACCAGCAUCUUGUUCUUUGGCCAAGCUGCAACAACUAACCAAUGGGAUUAUGGAGAUUCUCCCCGAGAAUCAGAUGACUCCACCUCCAAAUCUGACUCCGCCUCCUCCUGUCAACAUGACACCACCACCCAGCAUCAUGCGCAGUAUGACCACACCUCCAGUUGUAAGUUUACAGCAACAGCUGGGUCAGGCUGCCAUGAUGGCUGGACCCCCUUGUCCUACGCCUACCAGUUCCAAAUACCAGCGACAGCGCUCAUCUUCCACAGCUGCCAACACAGUGCGCAAAUCACCUAGUGUUACACCCAAUGUGACUGUCAAUCCCAACAUGACAUUCACCCCCAAUGUCACCAUUCAGCCCAGCACAGGCAUGCUACAACGGUACAACAUGAAUAUGUUUAACGGCUAUCGUGUGCAGCAGACCAUGGUCAAUCCUGGCUACAUCACAGCCAACCCUGGCUUUCUAACUCAGCUGAACCAAUCACAGCUGCCGGUGCAGAUGAGCAUGAUGAACAUGAACAUGCACCCCCAGCAGCAGUUCCCACAGCAGAUGCAGCAUACACAGACCAACAAUGCAAUGUAUCCAUAUGGCUACAACAUCAUGAACAUGAACAUGCGGCGCUAGAUGCUAGGUGGGUAUACCUAUAUGCAUUGAAGCAAACACCUUUGAAAUGACAGUUGACUUUUAUACCCCCUUUUUGGCAGCAGUGUGUGAAUCUUACUCAAACUCUGCACAUUAGCAGAGCCCACUGUGUUCAUAGCUUUAUUUUGUCAGAGCAAGUGAUACGGCAAUCAUUUAAUCGACUUUUGAAAUAGUUGUACACUAUUAGUGUAUCCCAAACUCACAAAGACAUGACCACACUUCAUUCAGCAAAGACAGGUGUGAAGUUGGUAACCUGAGAUACAUAUUGGUGUAUUUAGAGACUGUUUAUUAUAUUUAAAAAAUGAUUUAUUUGGUAGUUGACACUUGGUGACAGUGUUCAUAGAUACACAUUUCAUUCGGUCUGGAGCCAAGCUUAGAGACGAUGGCAUUUGGUCCCUUUGGCAAUACAGCUGGGCUGUUGUAAUGAUUAAUUGACCCCCUAAGUUAUCCAUUGAAUUUUCUGAUAUUACAUUAUGCCAUAUCAGAUGGAGUAUAUUGGGAAGCAUACUGUGUUUAUUUUAUAUAAAUGUCUGAUCGUAUAAGUGACUGGAGGUUGUUGCAGAUUAAACAUGGCAACAGCAGCGGGAGAACUCCAGCACAGAAAAGUUUCAGUGCUAAUCAUUAGCACAGCAUGUUGUGGCACCAAAUUGCAUGAUUGUGUGUGGUUUUAAGAAUGUGGCCAAUGGUGUGAGUUGUACAGUGUGUUUGGCAGUGAUAGGGUGGUAAUUUUAACACUUGGCAGCCCAGAUAGUGCACCUAUGUCUCAGGCGUUGCGAUAACUUGUGAUCCUGACCCGUAUUUUGUUGCUUUUCCCUUGUGUUUCUUAAUAUGGUGUCAAUACUUGUGAACAUGGGUGUACAGUGUCAUUAAAGCAACAAAACCACUAUCCUUGUCAUGCUCUCACCAUGUUGUGAACAUUGGAAUAAACAUUUUAUUUUAAUUAGAUUGUAUAAUUUGUGAGUCAAGAAUGUGAACACAGCAUUUUGCAAAAAUAAAUUAUAAACCGAAAA